CUAAAAAUUGUCGACCAAUCGUCUUUCGGUCACGUGACCCGGUUUAGCAGAGGCGGCGUCCCGCCGAACCCCCGGCUAAAAGCACCGAUUCCCAUCACAGUCAGCUGCCGAAACUCCGGUUGACUAGUCACCGUCCCAGUUGUUCGCUUCUCAGGUAGACGUUAAUUAACACCAACAAAUAUCAUCAUGGCUGACGAUGAGCGGAAGCGCAUCGAGGAUGAAAAGAAGAGGAAACAGGCCGAAACCGACAGGAAGAGGGCGGAAGUCCGCGCUCGACUCGAGGAGGCCUCCAAGGCCAAGAAGGCCAAGAAGGGUUUCAUGACCCCGGACAGGAAGAAGAAACUCAGGCUGCUGCUGCGUAAGAAGGCCGCCGAAGAGCUGAAGAAAGAACAGGAAAGAAAGGCCGCUGAAAGGAGGCGCAUCAUCGAGGAACGUUGCGGAAAGCCGAAAAACGUCGACGACGCGAACGAAGCCGAGUUGAAGAAGAUUAUCCGACAGUAUUACGACCGCGUCUACAUUUGUGAGGGUCAGAAGUGGGAUUUGGAGCGCGAAGUCAGAAAGAGGGACUACGAGAUCGCGGACUUGAACAGCCAGGUCAACGAUCUCCGAGGUAAAUUCAUGAAGCCAACCUUGAAGAAGGUGUCCAAGUACGAGAACAAAUUCGCCAAGCUACAGAAAAAGGCAGCCGAGUUCAACUUCCGUAACCAACUUAAACAGGUCAAGAAGAAGGAGUUCACCCUCGAGGAGGAGGACAAAGAGAACGCGUCAAAAGACAAGAAGAAACCUGACUGGUCGAAGAAGGGUCCAGAAGAGAAGAAGGUAAAGGAGGAAGAGGUCGAGGCAUGAGGAUGACGUUUGACACACGAACAAUAUAUAUAUAACAACGCACAAGAAAACACUCGAGAAAAACA